AUUGUCUCCAUUACACGUUUCCAAAUCAUCACAAAUAUCGCCAACAGAAUUCACUUAGGGUUCAGGUGCUUCUGAGCUUGCUAGCUUAGCUAUUGUGUCCUACACCGAUUGUCCCGGUGUGCAGACCAGCUUUCACGGCGCGGACAAGAAUCCGCCGAUUAAGAGAAACCCGCAGACAGGGACACGUCCUCCCCUGCCUGGUCUUUGAAAAAUUCAAUCCUACAAUCUGCAAUUGAUUGUUGGAUCGCCAAUUGAACAGGGUCAAACCAAAUCCAAUCAAGCUGUAAACUCGAAGCUUGGACCUCACCGCCACCAUGUCCAACCUCUUCAAGAUUCUCUUGCGUAUCAUCGCACUCAUCUGGACGUUGCUCAUCACGGCUCUCAUCGGAAAUGUCAUUGCCGCCAAUGUCAACGGCCACAUGAAGACCAUCAACUUCACCAUGUUCGUCGCCGCCUGGUCCUGGGUUGCUCUCCUGUACGGCCUCGUCGCAGUCUUCGUCAUCAGCCUUGCCGUGCCCAUUGUGCUCCUCUUCUGGGACGGCUUGGCCACCUUGCUCACCUUUAUCUGCGCCAUCGUGCUGGCCGCCGAGCUGCAAGCUCCCAACUGCGGCAACAUUGCCGGUGCUCACUUGCCCAGCGACUGGAUUGGCUUUGGUUCUCACCACGACGAGCGGAGGUGCCGCGAGAUCCAGGCCAGCACUGCGUUCAUGUGGUUCCUCUGGGUGUGCUUCAGCGUGCUCUUGGCCAUCACCAUUCUGGAUGCUAGGAGCGGCGGCGGUUUUGGCGGUUCAAUCCGGUCUUCCCGGUCUUCACGAUCUUCUCGGCCUGCCAUGUCGCAGGUCUAAGUAUGCUCGACCGGGAGCCUCUACUCUCUUUCCCACCACACGCCUCGCUCUUUCGCCAUGAGAGGAACAUUGUUGUCGAUCAACAGGUACCUUGUCUCAGGUGGAUCAUGUCUAGCAAUUAUGGCAGCUGGAUUUAAUGUAAAGAUGUCUUCUGAAUUCAACAAACACGCGAAGAGCUUGUCUGUGAGAAGCCAACACGUUUAGUGGGUGCCAAGUUGAUGGAUUGGCAAGGUACAUGAAGUGACGCUGUAUUAGCACGUACAUUUACGAUGGGCAAUAUUCGGUAUUGGAUUAGUAUUGCCAAUGGUUGGCAGGAAAGGGACAGUAUUAUGGAAAUGAUAAUUAAUGUAGUAAUUGAGGGAUGAAUAACAAAGUCAUGUUU